CCGCCUGGAAGCAACAUGGCCGCCCGGGCGCCUUGCGUGAUUGCGCCUCACGUGAAGCCCGGAAGUGGCCCGUGGGCUGCUCGUGCCAUGGAGGAGAAGGUGCUGAGAUACGAAGCCUUCGUGACUGACACCCUGCAGCGGGACCUGAGGAAAGUGUUGGAGAAUCGGGAUAGCGUCUAUGAGAAGAUCAGCCAGUAUUUGCAGUUAAAGAACAUCAUUGAGAGGUUGCAGGAAUUAGAAUCUGGACCUUUAAAAACACAGGUCGACUUGGGCUGUAACUUCUAUGUGAAUGCGGAAGUUCCUGACUCAUCGAAGAUAUUCCUGGCUUUGGGUUUUGGAUUUUUUGCUGAACUAACGCUGGAUGAAGCGCUAAAAUUUAUCGAAAAGAAGAACAAAAUGCUGACUCAAAAUUAGUGAAAAUCUGACCAAGGAUGCUGCAAAUAUUAAGGCCCACAUCAGACUGGUCCUGGAGGGUCUGCGGGAAUUACAGCAACUGCCUAAUGAGUGA